AUGGCUUACGACAUUCUGAUCCUCAGGAGUCUCCCGUAUACUUCGCCAGGCCGACACCUGAAUUGGUAUGACGCGUAUUCCCUCUUUGGGAAGGACAUCCAGGCCCGUGGACUACAUGGCCAACUCUAUCUGGAAUAG